AGACUGAAGAUGAAACACAUACUAGCUGUGGUUUUCAUGUACCCGUAGAUGUAGAAACAUGGUCCUGCUCCUUGAUAAGACGAGGGGAUAUCGCUUUUCGAUAUUGACGGUCCUAUAGACGGGGCACCACUACCACUACACACAAUUUGCGGGCUGCAAGUGCUGAUGUAUUUUUCGGCAGAGGAGUAACACAACACAAGACGCAGUAGGUUGCCUCUUCCAGCAGUGAUCCAGACAAGACGCAGCUACUAGUUCAUCUCUCCCUCAUCUACCUCCUGAAGCAGCACUGGGCGACCUAUUUUUACUGCCGACCGAACUCUCCGAACAUUUCGCUCAUCGAUCAUCAUCCACAUCCCAGCUGAAGCAAACCUUCUCCUCUUGUUCUCCAGGGCGGAAACAGGAGUACGUAGCACCACUACCAAUUCAAUAGCAAGCAAGUUGGCCGAGGCUCACUACCCUUACCAUCCGUAUAAUCCGAUUUGUGCUAUCGUCCUUGGACGAUAUCUAAGGGCAUCUUCGUGGGGGAAGCAACUACAGCGAUACAACUCCUUAUCGUAUUGAGUCACACACAACUACACGACACACACAGUAUUUCAAUUCAAACGAAAAGAUGACGGAAUACCGCGUAGAUCGCAGCAAGCAUCCCGCGCCUGGCUAUGUUGCGGUCGGCAGAGAGACAGUUGAAGAUCUAGGUCUCGGCUCGAAGACAGGGAAGGCGAGAGCAGUAUUAAGGCUCAGCUUUCAAUGGUCACCAUUUAGAAGGGGGUUUCCUCCGUUCUGCAUCAGUGACCAUUGAAUGCUGAGCUUUAACAGUAGCAGGAGCACCGCAUCUUCCUGGAAGUAGCUUUGGGCGACCGAGGCACGACAGGACCUUUGGCAGACAUGCAGUUGCAGGGGAACAAAGGUCACGACACGAGGCAGAAGUAUAUUCGUUUUCGUUUUGAUGUUCUUCUUUACUUUAUAAGGGUCGUUGGAAGUUGACCUAAUAUCAUCUAAGAGCAUCUCUAUGGCUUCUUCAAGUAGGGAAAGCCAUAGAUGAUAUGCGAGCUAGAGACGCCAAGAACUUUCAGCCCCUAAGUAACUGCUUGCUUCAAUGUUGUCAGCACUCGUUGUGAUCUUCAUACUUUCCAUGUCAAUGACCAACAUACAUAGUACAUCUAGAUGAUGAUCAGACCGUGACCAUACAUAGUACAUCUACGCGAUCGACGUUAAAAAAAAAAACAUGCUCGUUCAAAUUGCCUUCUCUCUCAACCUCAACAUCAGACACACCUUUCUGCCACUACACGGAGAUAUCACCUUGCUGUGGCCAAUAGUAAUCCUAGCGUAAACGCAGCUGUCGGCACCCUGAGACAGACAAAAUCAGAAGGCAAUAUCGAACCCUAUAUUAAGGCUGAAAUAAUAGAUUCAAAUCCGUCUUCCCCAAGAGUUUUACCUUGGUCCCGUUUUCCAAGAGAAAAUACACGGGCACCAAGACGCUCAGCAAGAUGGAUUUAAUAGGCAAGUGCUAAGGAUAGCAAUGACGGCGCCUACAAAUUUGAAGCUGAGCACGUUGCGAGUCUGAGGGGACGCGCAGCAGGAGACGAAGUCUACGACUACAGGAAACAUAGUUGGUACAUCACCAUUUUCUCCGACUACAGGAAACAUAGUUGGCACAUCACCAUUUUCACUUUCUCAUCUACAGCUACACCACAG